AUGGCUAUGAACGACACCGAAGUCAAGGCCGAAAAGAACACAAGCAUGACCAAUUCCUCUUCGACGCCCGCUGCUCCCGCUGCCGCUUCUGCCGCCAACAGCACGGCGCCGGCCACCGAAGAUAGUGCUGCUUCCACGAUUACCGUCAAUACCAAGACGCCUGCCAAUUUCCCUCCCCCAAAGACCGACAAACCCCGCCCCCAUGUGUGCGCGACUUGCCAGCGCUCCUUUGCCCGAUUGGAACACCUGAAACGCCACGAGCGCUCCCACACCAAGGAGAAGCCCUUCGAAUGCCCCGAGUGCACAAGAUGCUUCGCUCGUCGCGAUCUGCUGCUGAGACACCAGCAGAAGCUGCAUCAGACCACGACCCCGUCCUCCCGCCCCCGCAACCGCCGUGAGAGCGCCAGCAGUGCCGCUCCUGGAGCCCGCGCUCGCAAAAAUAGCGUCGCCGGCCCCAAUGCCGCAGCCGCUGCAAAUGCCGCCGCUGCCUCGAUGCGCCCGAGGGCCAACACCAUCAGCCACGUCGACGGGAGCGCGAUGCAGAUGAUUGCCGCCGCCAACGCCCAGGCGGCUCGGGGCAUGCCACCUGGUACACACAGCCGUCACCCCAGUCUCGCGGGGCUACCCGUGCACAACUUGGACUUUGGCGGCAUGUCAGCCGCCAUGGGCCACCGGGGAAUGUCUCACGGGCUGCCCAAGCUCGAGACGCACACCAUCAACCACAUGGACUUUAGCGGCUUGCGGACCGCUCCCCCCAUGGCAGUCUUCAACCCAGACUUUGACUUUGAGGGCCUGCUGUUCGGCCCCGGCUCCACCAUCAACCCCAACGCCCUCCACUACAAUGACUCGCCCCAGUCAAUGGCCAUGGACCAGCCCUCGCCCUUCCAGCACGGGCUUGCCGGCGACCUUUCGACGACGCAGCUGGACGAUAGCUUCGACUGGCUGACAGGUUUCGAGCACCAGAUGUCCUUCCAGGGCGCCGACAACGCCGUGGACGGCUCAAGUCCCUCGGCCAUUAGCACCACCAGCCAGAGCGGCAUCAGCGAUGUCAUGGUGGACGGCUCCAAUCAUCCUGUCCCCGCAGGAACAAGUUCAAUGUGGCAACCGGCCGUGAUGGGUCCUCCCCAGGUCCCAAACCCGUUUGCCAUGGAUCUAAAUGGUUCGGUCUUCCCAGAUCUCUUAAACGGAGCACCCGUCUCACCACAACCUGCUGCGCAGAAAAUGAACGAUGCCUAUUUCUCGACGCCGCCUCCCUCUCUUAGCUCCCUCAGUCCGUCGAUGAUUUCCGGACUCAACACGCAAAACCUCAACCACGCCGCCCUCAGCUUCAACGCAGGUCCCGAGACGCCGUCGUCCAUGAACGGCGGCAACCACGGCGUCUCGCCCGUCUCGACCAUUACCGAAUCGACCCGAGGCGCCAUAGUCGGGGCCCUCUCGCAGUGCUCUCCAUUUGGAGGACGGAGGUACUCAUUCGCGACCCCAAGCUCGCCGCUGUCGCCGGGCUUUCAGAACACGGCCAACAGUGUCCCAGACCAUGUAAAGAAUUUACCUAGCACUCAAGACUUGCAACGAUAUGUUGGCGCUUACCUUCGUUACUUCCACCCUCAUCUGCCGUUUUUGCACAUUCCCACUUUGACUUUUGAGAUGCCGCCCUCCGCUGCCAACCGCCCCAACACCGUUGGUGGGAGUGGGUGUCUCGUCCUUUCCAUGUCUGCCAUUGGCGCCUUGUACGAAAUGGACCACGUACAAUCCCGGGAACUGUUUGAGAUGGCCAAGAAAAUGAUUCAACUGUACCUUGAGGAACGGCGGAAAGCCGACGUGAGAAAGGCCGACCUACGGAGAACCCCGGCAUCCGAGCCGUCGGCCCACAGCCAGGAAUCAUCUGUCCACACCCCGGUCUGGCUCGUGCAGGCCAUGCUUCUGAAUGUCGUCUACGGCCACAACUGCGGCGACAAGACGGCAAGCGACAUCGCCUCGACCCACUGCGCUGCCCUCGUCAGCCUUGCGCAAGCUGCCGACCUCCUCCGCCCCAUUCGCGUCGAGUCCAACGAUGCCCCUCAUGACACCCACAUGCACGACGAUGCCACGUGGAGCAGCCUUCAGCCCGAUUCCGAUGAGCAGGUGGAGUGGCUCCGGUGGAGGACGAUGGAGGAGCGCAAGCGCACGCUCUACGUCGUCUUUGUCCUCUCGAGCCUCCUCGUCGCGGCGUACAACCACACGCCGGCCCUGACCAAUUCUGAGAUCCUGCUCGACCUGCCUUGCGAUGAGGAUUUCUUCGCCGCCGAGAGCAGCACUGCCUUUGCUGCCAAGGGCGGAGUUCGCGCCGCGAACCAUAACCGCAUGACCUUUCACGAAGCGCUGGGCGACCUGCUCCGGUCGAAUGAGAAGCAGCAGAAGCAGCAGCAGCAGCAGCAGCUUGCUUUCGGCAACGGGCACCAGGCAUCUGCGCAGGGCGGCGGCGGCAGCAGCCUGGACGAGCUCCACAAGAACGACCUCAAGCCGUCGACGUUUGGUUGUCUGAUCCUGAUCAACGCGCUGCACAACUACAUUUGGGAGACGCGCCAGCGCCACCACAACAAGGUUUGGACCAACGAGGAAACCGAGAAGAUGCACCGGCACAUCGAACCUGCUCUGAAGGCCUGGCAGGCCGCCUGGGCAAGCAACCCGAACCACAGCCUGGAGCGCCCGAACCCCUUUGGCCUCGGACCGCUGUCUGCCGAUGCCAUCCCGCUGCUCGACCUGGCCUACGUGCGGCUCUUUGUGAACCUUGCCCGCUCCAAGGAGAAGUUUUGGCAACGGGACUGGGACGCCAUGGCGGAGGAGCUCUCUCGCGGUACCGAGGUGGUCCAGCACGCAGAACACUCGCCCGCUUCCAACGCCGAGUCGACCGGUACCGAGAAUUCGGACAACUCGGUCUCUACGUCGGUGUUUGCCGAGUCUCCGGCGACGCAGUCUUCCUCCCCAGAGUUCCCUUCUGGCAAGUUUCCCUCUCACUCGCAGGCUGCGCCGAGCCAAUCCACGCGCCGCAGAGAGAAGCACCUCCGCAAGGCCGCCUUCUACGCCGCGGACUCGCUCGCCAUGUCGGACAAGCUGGGCGUCACUUUUGCCGAUUUUACCAGCCGGGAGCUGCCUCUGCAGUCAGCAAUGUGCGCUUUUGACUGUGCCCAGGUCCUGGCUGAGUGGGUUGCGACGCUGCAGGAUCGAGUCGGUCAGUACCUUGGUAUCCUGGGCCAAGACGACGUAGACCUCUCUCAGGUUCCUGCCAUCAUGAUGUUGGAAGAGGAAGACGUGAAACUGCUGGGAAAGGUACAAGAGGUGUUGGCUUCUGCGGAGUUGAAGAUGAACUUUGAGCUUGUUCAGGGCAACGUUGCAGGCGUCGACACGAGAAUGCACAUGGACGACCACGCGGGCUAUGCGGCCAAGAUCCUUCGCAUCACGGCUUACAUGCUCGACAAAGCCGCGGUGUGGCCAGUCACUCACCUGAUGGCCCGAUGCCUCGAGACACACGCCACUCAUAUGCGCGCCAGAGCCGAUAAGUCCGUGGUCGCACACGAGUAA